AUGGCUGGCAGGGAAAGGGACGAUUGUUUCACAAUGGCAGAGGAAUCUGCUGUCAAAGUCUGUGUACGCGUUCGACCUCUCAUAGAACGGUGAGGCUAUUUUCUAAACUUAGCUAGUUUGAGAAAUUGGCUUGCUAACUACCUACAGUAGCUUUAUCUGGUGGAUAUCUGUAAUGUUGUUAAUCGUCGUAGGGAAGAAACUGCUGCAGAAAACGCCUAGUCGGUGAAGUUGUAUUGGAAAGCUGAUAAGCAGACAAUUCAUCAGGUUGACGAUGGAAAUCUUACCAAGAACUUCAGCUUCGGUGAGUUUUCAAAAAGGCUAGGAUUAAUGUUGGCCGAACAUGCAGGCAAUAACGUUAAUCACUUAUUUGUACGAUUUGUUUCCCUAACAGACCGUAUAUUUAGUGCUGAAGAAGCAACUCUGCAGCUAUACCAGGAACUUGCAAAGCCUCUUGUUGUCUCCACUGUUGAAGGUUAUAAUGGUAAGGGAUUGUGAACAAGUGCAAUGCUGUAUCUACACUGAGCAAAAAUAUAAAUGCCAUAUGUAAAGUGUUUCAUGACCUGAAAUAAAAGAUCCCAGAAAUGUUCAAUAUGCACAAAAAGCUUAUUUCUCUCCAAUUUUGUGCACACAUUUGUUUAUAUCCCUGUUAGUGAGCAUUUCUCCUUUACCAAGAUAAUCCAUCCACCUGACUGUUGUGGCAUAUCAAGAAGCAGAUUAAACAGCAUAAUCAUUACACAGAUGCACCUUGUACUGGGGAAAAUAAAAGGCCACUCUAAAAUGUGCAGUUUUGUCACACAACACCAUGCCACAGAUGUCUCAAGUUUUGUGGGAGCGUACAAUUGGCAUGCUGACUGCAGGAAUGUCCACCAGAGCUGUUGCCAGAUAAUUGAAUGUUAAUUUAUCAACCAUAAGCCGCCUCCAAUGUAGUUUUAGAGAAUUUGGCAGUAUUUCCAACCGGCCUCACAACCGCAGACCACGUGUAUGGUGUCGUGUGGGCGAGCGGUUUGCUGACGUCAACGUUUUGAACAGAGUGCCCCAUGGUGGCUGUGGGAUUAUUGUAUGGGCAGGCAUAAGCUACGGACAACUAACACAAUUGCAUUUUAUCAAUGGCAAUUUGAAUGCACAGAGAUACCGUGAAGAGAUCUUGAGGCCCAUUGUCGUGCCAUUCAUCCACCACCAUCACCUCAUGUUUCAGUAUGAUAAUGCACGGCCCCAUGUCGCAAGGAUCUGUACACAAUUCCUGGAAGCUGAAAAUGUGCCAGUUCUUCCAUGGCCUGCAUACUCACCAGACAUGUCACCCAUUGAGCAUGUUUGGGAUGCUCUGGAUUGACCUGUACGACAGCGUGUUCCAGUUCCCGCCAAUAUCCAACAACUUCGCACAGCCAUUGAAGAGGAGUGGGACAACAUUCCACAGGCCACAAUCAACAGCCUGAUCAACUCUAUGCGAAGGAGAUUUGUCACGCUUCAUGAGGCAAAUGGUGGUCACACCAGUUACUGACUGGUUUUCUGAUCCACGCCCCUACCUUUUUAAAAAGGUAUCUGUGACCAACAGAUGCAUAUCUGUAUUCCUAAUCAUGUGAAAUCCAUAGAUUAGGGCCUAAUGAAUUCAUUUCAAUUGACUGAUUUCCUUAUAUGAACUGUAACUCAGUAAAAUCGUUGAAAUUGUUGCGUUUAUAUUUUUGUUCAGUAUAGAUUAUAGUAUGUUGAACAUAUCAAUAUAUUUGGAAAACUUUGUAACACUAUUUAAACAAUUGUAUUUGAAAUCUCUAUGGGUUUGACUUGUUUAUUGACAUAUUAUAUUAAGUGGCAAGCAUCAUUUUCUCAGGAACAAUAUUUGCUUAUGGACAAACUGCAUCUGGGAAGACAAUCACUAUGAUGGGGAGUUCUCUUACUCCUGGAGUUAUACCCCUUCCCAUGGAGGAUGUCUUCCAGACUAUAAAACAUGUGAGUAGUAGUAAAUAGAAAAUAAACAGUCAAAUGCAUGUGUAAGAUGUGUGUAAGUGGUUUGCUUUUCAUUUUUUACUUUAGUGUCCAAAAAAGGAGUUCCUUCUGAGGGUGUCAUACUUGGACAUCUAUAAUGAGACACUGACAUAUUUGCUCUGUGACAGUUGGAAAAGGAAGCCUCUAGAAAUCUGA